GCGCUAGUGUGCCGUGUUGACGUUUUACCCGGUACAAGGUUUUUAAAUACGAUACGGCCAAUAUCGGUUAUAACAACAUUUUUACAUCGUUUGCGUUUAAACAUACCAUAAUAUAUUUAUAUAUAUAUAUAAAUAUUGUAAAAGAAUCAUGUCUUUAAUUAUUUCACCGUGUUUAACGGUAGUCUACGGUGCUGCCAAUUCAAAAAUAUUAUAGUCUCAAGUGUACACUGAUCCGACGAUGUGUGUCCGAAUUCAAGUGCAGUUGUUACUCCUAUUGUUUUACCGGACUAUCGUCGCUGACAAUUUGGCUUUAUUGACCGGCACGCUCAGGACAUAUCACAGGGUGGGUUGUGAAGCCCAGUCAAUGGCGCUCACAUGUCCGACGGGUACUAUAAUAUCUGUACAAACUGCCCAAUACACGCCUGGAUCUUCAGUGCUCCCAUGCACGGACUCCAGUUUCUCUCACAUAUUCAAUAGCAGUUGUAGUUGGCCUCAAGCUCUACAGUAUUCACUUCUGCAAACAGUGGUAGAGGCGUGUCAGAAAAAACAGCAAUGCAGAGUUCAGCCGUCUGUUGUUGGCAAAUACGACCCUUGCCCAGGUCAUCCAAAGUUUGUUCAAGUGGAUUACAAAUGUCGACCAUUUGAGUUUAGAAGUAAAGUAGCAUGUGAAAAUGAAGUAGUUCAGUUACAAUGCAAUCCAAAUUUUAGACUAGCCAUAUUUUCGGCCAGUUAUGGUCGGACAGAGUACGAGAGCAUACAAUGUCCUCAGCCACAAGGCGUGCCUGAAGAAACGUGUCUAGUGAGCUACGCCACGGAAACUGUAAUGACAGUCUGUCAUGGAAAAAGGAACUGUAAACUAGCGGCAGAUGCUGCCACUUUUGGUAAUCCUUGUAAACCUGCUUCAAGGAUGUACUUGAAAGUCGUCUAUAACUGUGUACCCCGGAGAGUGUUAAAAGAACAAUUCGAAGAACCUGCACAUUCUGAUGAACCAACCGUAAUGGAACUAGACUACUUUGACAACCCCGGUGUAGCCCCGGUUCAGCCAUUUGAAUCUUUAUCCCCGCCGGUAAACGACCCCAGGACAAGAUACAAUAAGACGUCUACUGGUAAUAUUGAGUACAGUAACACAUCCAGCUCGUCUUUAGGUACGAUAUCUCGACAUAUGUCUCAUCAACCAGUUUUGAUUCCUGGACAAAAUACUACCACAAAAAAGGCCGCCGGUGAAAAUAGCUUCUUGGCUAAUCUGGUUACUUUCGGUUACUUAUCAUACAAUAUCACAUACAAAAAGCGAGAAACUAUUUACAUAUAUCUAGGCGGCGCUUUGGUUGGCAGCAUAAUGUCAGUGCUGUGCGUGAUAGCAGUUAAGUUCGGAUGGCAGCGUUCCAGACGGCAUAUAGACAGCAAACAUCAAUCUGAAGCCUCGAGUCGCGAUUUGUCCAACGACCCAAACGCUUUUGGUGACAAUAUCAGCGAAGUAGACGCUGACAUAGACCUAACGGAUAUCACACAACUACCCAUCACUGUAAUACCAACUCAAUUACAACUAUCGCCGAGUGAGGUGGUGAGAUUCGGAAAUGACGGUGUUGCGCCAAAGAGUCUGAGUCGAAAUGAUAGCUCGCAGUACUUUUACGGAUGACAAAACGGUAGCAAGGCGGCGGUCAACCGAUUGCCUUGCUCAUCUCAAACGUCAUCAACCACGUCGAGAAUGUAUUGUUUCUAGCGGACGGACCGUUGAUAACCUAUGAAUGAGCUUAGACAACUUGAAUAAGCAAAAAUUAAAAGACUUUCGAAUUUAUUUCUAGUCGUUGAUUUACAUAUUUUUUUUAUUAUUUUUUUUUAUUUACUAAAUACUUGAGCAUUUAGCCCGUUUGUACUUAACACACUAUUAUAGGACACUCUAUAAUUUAAAGCUAAAACUCGUUCAAUAUUUAAGAUGUUUACCUAUUAAAUAUUUUGUUAGGAAUAACCUAAAACAAAACAAAAAUCUGAAGCUUGUAUCAAUUUUUACGGUUUAAGAAACGAAAUGUUUAUA